CGUAUCGGAAGCUCGCACAUUAUUAUCCGCAAAAAUUGAAAAAACAUAUUAAUGUAUUUUUUUUUAUAGGUUUCUUCGAUUCUCCUACGAUCCUCUCUGUCUGCUCUCUCUCACUCUGAAGCUCUGAUUCCGGAGAUGCGGGUGGAUUUGGUUUUCCGCAUCUAAUUUAACGAAUUUCCUCCUCCGCCCUCUGUCUCCUUCUCACUGCUAGUUAUUUCAGCUCAAGUUUGGAUGAGGAUUUCCACGAUGUUUCCUAUUGGAGUGGUUUAGGUUGCAUUUCUCCCUUCUGGUAUGGUGUGAAACCGAACUUCUGUAAGCAGAAUUAACUCACAUGGGGAGUAUUUUGAGCUUAAAUAACCCUAAAAGUAAAGAAGGGGAAAGUUAUGAGGUCCGUACCGGUGACAAUUGCAAGAGGCAGAGGCUCUCAUCGAGCUCUUUUGAGGAGAACACGAGGCUCAUACCCAACCUUCCGGAUGAAAUAUCCCUUCAGAUACUCGCCCGGAUCCCUAGGAUACACUACUUAAACAUCAAAGCAGUGUCGAGGUCGUGGAAAAAUGCUGUCACGGGUUCUGAAUUGUACAGCUUGAGGAAGGAACUUGGGACGUCUGAGGAGUGGCUUUACAUACUGAUGAAAGUGGAUGAGGACAGACUCUUAUGGUACGGUCUAGACCCCUUGUCGAGAAAGUGGCAGAGGUUGCCUCUGAUGCCCAUGGUUUCUCUUGACGACGAGAGCGAGAAAGGUCUUGGUUCAACUCUCAGGAUGUGGAAUGCGAUGGGCUCUAGUAUCAGAAUUGCUGAUGUGAUAAGGGGAUGGCUUGGGAGGAAGGACACUAUGGAUCGGAUGGCAUAUUGCGGAUGCUCUGUUGGGGCUGUGGACGGUUCCCUCUACGUACUGGGUGGGUUUGCAAGGGCAUCAGCGCUGGCGAGCGUGUGGCGGUAUGAUUCAGCCCAGAACUCAUGGGCUGAGGUCAGCCCGAUGUUGGCCGGCCGUGCCUAUUGCAAGACAGGGGUGCUGGAUGGGAGGCUGUAUGUUGUGGGUGGGGUUACACGGGGCCGUGGUGGUGGCCUGGCCCCGCUCCAGUCAGCUGAGGUCUACGACCCCCAGAUGGGCUCGUGGACCCAGCUGCCAAGCAUGCCAUUUUCCAAGGCCCAGGUGCUCCCUACAGCCUUCUUGGCAGACCUACUCAAGCCCAUCGCCACUGGAAUGACCUCAUACCGAGGAAGACUGUUUGUUCCCCAGAGCCUCUACUGCUGGCCAUUCUUUGUGGAUGUUGGGGGAGAAGUGUAUGAUCCCAAGGUGGGCUCGUGGGAUGACAUGCCUAUGGGGAUGGGUGAGGGGUGGCCUGCAAGGCAGGCAGGGACCAAGCUGAGCGUUACUGUGGAAGGUGAACUUUACUCUCUAGACCCCUCGAGCUCCUUAGACAGUGCGAAGAUUAAGGUUUACGACCACGGAGAUGAUGCAUGGAAGGUUGUCGCUGAGGAUGUCCCCAUUCGUGAUUUUACGGACUCCGAGUCACCAUACUUGCUAGCUGGAUUGCUUGGGAAGCUCCACGUGAUCACGAAGGAUGCCAGGAGCAAUAUUGCCGUAAUGCAAGCAGAUGUUCAACACAAUAUCUCUCCUUUCCCUUCAUCUUCAAGUUCGUCUGCUUCUCCGGAUAGCCCGUCUCUUCCAGUGGUGGAAUCAGAGAUGGGUCUUUGGAGGGUGAUUGCUUCGAUGAGUGCAGGCUCGAUGGACCUUGUAAGCUGUCAGACCCUCGGCAUAUGAGAAUUUCAUAGAUGAUAUUAUCAUCUUUCUCUUGAAGUAGAGUUCGUAUAUUUAUGUCUGAUAAAUCUAUUUAUGUACAAAAUCUCAUAUCUAAAUCUAUAUUGUUAAUCUUAUCAUUGUUGGUACUUUUGAUAAGUGGAAGUUAUUAAUGAAACAAAACCAUUUACAGA